AUGAGCUGCGCCGCGCUGCUGGGGCGCCGGGGGCCGCGGCUGCUGCGGGCCGCCCUCGGGCCGCCGCGCUGGGGCCGGCGGCGCAGCGGCGGCUGCGAGCCGGCGGCGGGCGGCGCCGUGCGCAUCGGCUGCGCCUCGGGCUUCUGGGGGGACACGGCGGCCGCAGUGCCGCAGCUGCUGUACGGAGGGAAGCUGGACUUCCUCGUCUUCGACUACCUCUCCGAGGUCACCAUGGCCCUGCUGGCGGCUGCCAAGGCCCGCUCUCCCGUUUUGGGUUACACUCCUGAUUUUGUCUCCACUGCAAUGGCUCCUUACAUAAAAGACAUUCACAGAAAAGGUGUUCGUGUCAUCAGUAAUGCCGGUGGAAUUAACCCACUUGCUUGUGCAGCUGCCCUUCAGGAGGUGGCAAAGAAAGCGGAUGUUGACUUGAAAAUAGCUGUUGUUGCUGGGGAUGACCUAAUGAGUGAGAAAGAGAACCUGAAAGGAGCUGGUAUCACUGAUUUAGAGAGUGGCAAACAAUUUCCAGAGAGCAUUCACAGCAUGAAUGUGUAUCUUGGAGCAAGACCGAUAAGCAGAGCUCUCGACCUCGGAGCUGAUAUUGUUGUUACUGGUAGAUGUGUUGACAGCGGGAUUGUAUUAGGACCCCUCAUUCAUUCAUUUGGCUGGAAUAGGGACGAAUUUGACUUACUAGCUGCAGGAAGCCUUGCAGGUCAUCUCAUUGAAUGUGGUGCUCAAUGUACAGGUGGAAUAUUCACUGAUUGGCAUGCAGUACCAGACUGGCAUAACAUAGGCUUUCCUAUUGUAGAAUGCUCCUCUGAAGGAGACCUAAUUAUUUCUAAACCACCCGACACAGGAGGGCUAAUCUCUUUUGGCACUGUGGCCGAACAAUUGGUGUAUGAAGUGGGCAACCCUCAGCAUUAUCUCUUACCAGAUGUCACAUGUGACUUUUCUGAAGUUUCCAUCACUGAAAUUCCAGGUAUUGAAGGUGGGGCAGUGAAAGUUCAUGGAGCAAAAGGAUCACCGCCUUCAAAAUUUUAUAAGGUAAGUGCCACUUACCUUGAUGGUUUCAGAGCUACUGCUGUCUGCCCAGUGGGAGGGCCAAAGGCUGUACAAAAAGGAAAACAUACUGCGGAAAGUAUUCUAAAAAGGACUCGUCUUAUUUUCAAUCAGCUUGGGUAUGAAGAUUACAGUGCAGUUAACAUACAGAUUUUAGGGUCUGAAGACACAUACGGACCUCACGCUAGAAGGAGUAUAGAUGGUGGUCCUCGGGAAGCUGUUGUUUGGCUUGCUGUACACCAUAAACAAAAAGAGGCUGUAGAAAUCUUCUCCAAAGAGAUUGCACCAGCUGGAACUGGAAUGGCACCAGGUCUCACUGGAGUUGUUGGAGGACGUCCUAGAGUGUCUCCGGUUUUGAAACCAUUCUUCUUCCUUUAUCCCAAAAGCAAUGUCCAGAUCAACCUAUUUUUAAAUGGACAGCAUGUUGAGACAUUUGAGGAAGAUCUCACAUUUACAUCAGAAGUUGUUUCCUGUGAUCCACCUAAUUUUAACAGUGAAUUGAAAGAUCUGCCAAGUGGUCCACAUACUUACCGCUUAGAAGACCUUGCCUAUACUAGAAGUGGAGACAAAGGCAACUCUGCAAACAUAGGUGUGAUAGCACGGCAUCCCCUCUACUAUCCAUACCUAAAGAAAACUUUAACUGCUCAGGCCUUAGAGAACUACUUCCAACACCUUUUAGAGCGAGAACAGCCUGAAGAAAGACUAGUAACAAGAUAUGAGUUGCCAGGAAUCCAUGGAUUAAAUUUUGUUCUGAAGAAUUCCCUUGGUGGUGGUGGUGUAGCAUCCCUAAGAAGUGACCCACAGGGCAAAGCGCUUGGACAGAUGUUGUUGGAUUUCCAGAUAAAGAAUGUUCCUGAUUUAAAAUCACUGAUAGAAUAACAGGUGUUUGAUACAUGUACUCUUAACACUUCGAGUGGUGCAAAAGUAUAUUAUAAACAAAAACUGUCUUCUGAAGCCAGAUAUUAAAAAGUUACAGAGGGGAAAUUACAGCGACAGUUAACUCUCGGAGGCUUAGCUAUAUGGCACAGAUUAGCAAAUAUUCUGAGUAAUACCAGACUAAUAGCUUUGUCUAUGACUGAUAACAUUUCCUGUCUAGAUAAUACAAUGGAUGAAGAAUUAAUAUAUUUCCUGUAAAAUAAAAUUAAUCAAAUUGCAGUGCAACAAUUAGAAGAUAGCUUUCAUCUUGGCACAAAGGGUUAUCUCUUGUUCAGUCCAUCUGUCUUUUCCUUCUUUAAAUUUUUAUUUGAAAAUUAAAUGGACCAAUAUUGUUGAAUCUUGUGUCAACUGUAUUGGCCCUGUGCUUAGAUUGAAGCUGGAUCACCUGCUGUGUAGCACUGUGAAGUCAGCCCUGUCUGGUACUGAAGAGCAGUUUUCCCAAUAGGACCAUAGAAAAGUAGUAAUUGGUAUUGCUAUGUAGUGACUAAUAGUAAAUACUGACCUUUGAUACACUAAACUUUCAGAGUUUUCUCUAAUAACUGAAAACCUUUUUUAUUACUACUGUUUUCAACAUCUCUUACUAAUUAAUCCAUCAGUUGAAAAGCACUAAACAAUAAUUCAUUGGAAUUCUUGGUAUGGAAAUAAAUUUCGAAGUAAGGCUGGGAGAAUGCUGUGAGCCAGACUGUCUGCUGCCUCCCUUCUGCGAUGGUGCAAUCCUUACAGGGAGAAGGCGGACCAGGGUGGUAGAAGGGUGCCUUGUUUUGCUUCACAGUGGUUACAUCCUGAUUUUGUAUGAGUCCCACCUGGAUUAAGCUAAUUUAACUGUUGUUUGCAUUGUGCUUCCUACAGAAAAGUCGACAAACCUUUCAUAGGAAGGUCUGUCUCCUGCUGUGAAGGAAGAUCAUGUCGAAUGCAGUGCAUUAUGUCUCUGUUCUGACUCACAGUUACCAUCUUCCUAGUUCCCUUUCUCCAUCCAUCCUUCUCCCUUCCUUGGAAGUAUCACCACCACAUACAAAUUAGGCUACUCCUAAGAAAACAUCUUCAGCUGACUAAACGUAGACUCAGAGAUCCAUAUCAUAUUUCCUGGAAUAGUAUCAAGAUGAUGGAACUUCUGGCCCAAUAGCUGUCUGUAUUUCCUCUGCAGUCAGACAUAUAAAUAUUACUCUUGACUGUUCAGGCAUUCUAUGUUCAGAAAUACAUCUUUUUCUGUAUUUGGGGGAGAUUGUAUUAAUUGUUCAGUGCUGACAGAAUGAAGCAUUGCUAAUAUUGGAUUAAAGGAUUAAGUAUUUUUUAAACUUCAGCAGUCUUCCCUGUCAGUGUUUCUAGGUCUUGAUCUGUGCUACUGUUACUAUUACUUUCCUAGCUUCUUGUUAAUGAGGACUAUACACUGAAUUUUUCCUAUCUUUUAUGUCGUUUUGUUCAUUUAACUUGAAGGUAUCAUAAGUGAAAUCUCUACGCAAGUUUGCAGCAGUUUUCCAUUGAAUUCAGUGGAACUAUGAUUUAAUUACACAUCUUCAUUUGUGAUGUAAACAUGUUACUCUCUUAGUCAUCAGUACUGUCUGUAUACAGCGUGGCUCAGUGUGGUUGUCACAAAAAACCUAAAGUUAUGACUUCAUCCCAGAAAAAUACCAACAUCAUAAUUUUAAAGGGGAAGUGGCACACUCUUACUAUCACGUUUACAUUCAUUCUUUGUUAGACAACAGUAAUAAUUUGAAAGUUUAUUUGUUUAAUAAAACAUAGAAAAGUAUUGGGAGAAAACUUUAAAAAAUAGUGAUAGAGACACCUCAGUAGCAAACCUAAAAGGAUAAAAAAGGCUACAGUAAAUAUAUGCAAUUUAUUCAGUGUGCUUUUUAAGUGACCCUGUAAAUGUGUAUGCAGCUAUUUUGGAAUUAAACAUUUAUAAAGCACAGA